UAUCGCCAGUAAAUUUGUAUCAAAAUUGUCCGGUGAGUAGGGGGACCUAUAUAGCUAUGAUAGCUACUUCAUAUUCAAGUAUUUGCUGGCUGGGCGUGCAGAUGCAUCGAUGAAAGAUUUGGCUUUUUCAAUAAACGUGUCGAUCAAGCAUGCCGAGAUUGAAGAAAUCGACUGCAAGUUGGCAGAAAGCGUCAUAUAAAUCGCUGUAUGUGAAUCCUUUGACGGAGUUAAAACAGGAGAGAAGCCGAAGCAUUUCAUCUGGGAAUCUUAAUCUGCAUCUCUGUGGUGGGACGGCUGUGUUAUGUGAUAAAGAAAAUGACGGCUUGUUUAAUGAAAACCUUGCCAAGAUUCGGCCUAUGGAGGGUAAAUCACCCCUGAGAAAGGGGAAGAGGCAGGGGAGAAGUGGGUUUCACAGUCGAGAUAAAACCGCUUUGCGCUCUCAUUCUCAUUCUUCUCCAGUAGAUACUGCUGCCACUUCGCUUCAAGUCUGCAUACAAAUGAAUGAGCCUGAUUCAGUUAUUGGGCGUUUCCAGGGUCCCCUGACGCCCAAUAACACCAAGUGUUUGCAUGUUUGGGAUGAUGCUGAAGCUGCUCCUGCUCCUUCCUGGUCUACCCUUCCAAACAGGUCUUUGUUAUGUCGGCCACUUCCUCCUGAUAUUGGCCGUUGUACAUGCUUUAUUGUGAGAGAACGCUCAGAAGAACUUGACCAUGCUUCCGUCUAUUCUCUAUAUACAAAUGAAGGGCAUGGAAGGCAGGAUAGGAAACUUGCUGUUGCUCGUCACAGGAGAAGAGGUGGACGAUCAGAGUUCUUUAUUGCCCAGAGUUUCUUUGGUAUCUUAUCCAAGUCAGAUGAAGGUUAUCUAGGAAUGGUGACAGCUAAUCUUGUGGGGUCACGCUAUCAUAUUUGGGAUCAGGGGAAUACUGUGGACUGUCAUGAAAAAGGCUCUAGGCAACUUCUUGGGGCGGUAACAUUUGUGCCUACUGUAACUACAUUGACUGGAAGUUUCAGAAGUAUGCGGGCCUGCAUUCCAAAACUACAGUCCAUGCAAACAAAGAAUAAUGCAACUCAGCAUGUCAGUGGACUCCCUAUUGACUGGGAAGAUAACAUGUCCAAAGUACACCAACUGUGCUCAAAAGUUCCAUACUUUAACAAAGACAAGAAACGUUAUGAGCUAGACUUUAGGGAGAGGGGAAGAUUGGGUCUUCGCAUUAGAACCUCCGUUAAUAAUUUUCAACUUACAAUGGAGGAAAACGGCAAGCAAUCAAUUUUGCUUCUUGGAAAAGUUGGGAAAUCAAAAUACUUAAUGGAUUUCAGAUUCCCAUUGACUGCCUACCAAGCAUUUUGCAUAUGCUUGGCAUCCAUUGAUUCAAAGCUCUGCUGUUCCGUGUAAUCUCCACAUCCACAGGCAGGGCAACUGAAAACAAAAUGAUAACUACUCGUUAACAAUCUGAAUUGACAAUUUUCACUGUCGGAUUAAUGUCAUUAAUCCUGGAAAAUGCCUUGUUAUGAAGCUUAUGCAGAUACCAGCUUCGCCUUUUUGUCCUUUCUUUUCCUUUAGCCGAGUGCCGUUUCCUUUCUGAUAGAAAAAAUGUAUUUAUUAUUGAACAUGGAUAUUUUUUCAGACUCAUGGCUGCUCUGUAUUUCCAUAGUAUUAGGGGCAGGCUGAUAACUUCUCCUAUGAAAGGCCUAGCCGUUCACAGUUUGGGAUGAAACUGGUUUGAUGUUUGCUGGAGCUGUAGACAAAUUUUAAUGCUAAAUGGCCAUGUAAUCCAUAGGACUAUUUCCCUGCAAUGAAAACUUGAUAUAUAUACAGACAUAUAUUUAUAUAUUUUGAAUUCUAUAUUUGAUUAUUUAUUA